AUUAGAGCUGGAGAAAUGAGAGAAAGAAAAAUAGAAUCAGGGAUAAAGUAUCAAACAUCUUUCCGGGGGCGUUAUUAGAAGGGAAUAAAAGAUCUAAUUAGCGUGGUUAUUAGUACCUUAGGGCUUCUUAUAUAAAGGUGAGCCACGCAACAUUUGGCGUCCUCACUUCGACUUGACAACUCAACGACUGAGCAGAGUUUUGGAGAUUUCUAUUUCGACUGCAGAUCCAAGUACUGAAGAAAGGAGGGCCACUAGCUGAGAAAGACAGAAAGAUGACGCUGUUGCUAACUUGUGCGUUGUUGGCCGCGAUAGGGCCACUUGUAAGCGGAGAGUGCAUGCUCCCGCGCCCGCCGAGGAUGGGAUUCUUUUUCGAUGCGAACCCGCGCAUGCGCUCUUCCACAGACCAGACCCUGCGGAUCGAAUGCGACACCGGUUUCGUGCCUUCACCCUCUGACAUCAUGACGUGUAGAGCGGACGGGACCUGGACAUCCGUGUCUUGCGUUGAGGAGGGCCAGGCCUGCUACGGGGAGGAUGAAACUGUCGUCUUUAACUUUGACCGACUCGGGACCUGUGACCUGCCGCCCCCGCCCAUCAUGGGGUACCUUGUGGGCGUGAGUCCGGGAGAUGUGUACGCGCUGGGGGACACGCUGGCGGUGGAGUGCAAUACCGGGUUCCUCGCCGUACCCUCCAACGUCAUCAGCUGCCAGGCAGACGGGACGUGGGGGCCGACUGUCAGCUGUUUUGAUGCAGACGCUCUCAUGGCUGGACCAGUCAUGAUGGAUAUGGCCUUUGCAUUUGAAGAAGGUAAGGAUGAGGUGGUUGCCCCUCCCCCUCUGGUUUUACCUGACAAGGUGUGCGCCUUCCCCAUCACACCUGUACACGGCCACAUGCAGGUUAGCGGCAUGAACAUCGGCGCCACGGCAACCUUCUGGUGCGACACCGGGUUUACUCUGACCGGUGCAGGCACCAUCCACUGUGAAGACAAGGGACAAUCCACUGGGUCAUGGUCCGAUCUGUACCCACGAUGCGUUGAAUCUGCUGACCAAGGAUUUGCCGGAGCGAAUGACGAGGUGGUGUCUUUCACACUCCAAACUCCUCCCAACAAGGUCUGCGCGUUCCCCAUCACCCCUGCACAUGGGCACAUGACGGUUACCGGUACCAACAUUGGUGCCACGGCCACUUUCAGGUGCGACCCCGGGUUUACACUGACCGGUGCAGGCACCAUCCACUGUGAAGACAAGGGGCUAGCGACUGGGUCAUGGUCAGAUCUGUAUCCUAGAUGCACUGAAUCUGCUAACCAAGCCUUUGGCGGGGCGAACGACGAGGUGGUGUCCUUCACACUCCAAACUCCUCCCAACAAGGUCUGCGCGUUCCCCAUCACCCCUGCACAUGGACACAUGACGGUCACCGGCACUAACAUCGGCGCCACGGCUACAUUUAGCUGUGAUCCGGGCUUCACUCUGACCGGUGCAGGCACCAUCCACUGUGAAGACAAGGGGCUGGUCACGGGUUCCUGGUCUGAUCUGUACCCACGCUGUACCGAAUCUGCCAACCAGGCAUUUGGGGGUGCGGAGGACGAGGUGAUCUUUUUCCCCGCCCUGCAGACUCUUCCCCCCAACAAGGUGUGCGCCUUCCCCAUCGUGCCGGCACACGGGCACAUGUCGGUUACCGGCACUAACAUCGGAGCAUCGGCAACCUUCUGGUGCGACACCGGGUUUACUCUGACCGGUGCAGGCACCAUCCACUGUCAAGACAAGGGGCUGGUCACAGGGUCAUGGUCCGAUCUGUACCCACGGUGUACCGCGUCUGAUCAAGCCUUCGCAGGUGGACAAGAAGAGGUGAUCUUCGUUCCGGAGCAUCAGACGACCUGCGAGCUGCCGGCCCCGCCGCUGUACGGUUACUUCCUCCUGCUGAACCCGCCCGCAGUCUCCGCCGUGGGAGAGAGUCUCGUCAUAGAGUGUGACACCGGUUACGUAGCCUCCCCCUCCAACACCAUCACGUGCCAUGAGGACGGGACUUGGGGACCAGCCGUCAGCUGCGUCGAUGCAGACGCCAAUCAAGCAUUCGGAGGUGGAGACGAGGUGAUCACUGCUCCUCCACUGGUGGUGCCAGACAAGGUGUGCGCCUUCCCCAUCACACCCAUGCAUGGACACAUGCAGGUGAGGAAAUAA